GGCCGAGAAUAUAAAUAAUUUACAGAGCCUUUUGGAAAUGGCUAAAGCACAGUUGAAAUUAAAUGAAGAGCUUUUGAAAAUAAAAGAUAAAGAAAUGGACGAUCUCAUUAAGUCAAAAGAUGAACUAAUGGAAGAUCAGGCAAAGCAGCUGAAGAUGAGGGAUGAUGAAAUUAUUGCCUUAAAUAAACAAAUCGAGGACCUGAGUGCAAAGCUUUCGUCCAAAGACAUGGAAAUAGAUGGCUUACAAAAUCAGACUAAUUCCGAUUUAACAAAAAUAAGUAAACUAACAGACGACUUUUUCACAUGUAAUGGAAGAGAAAAGUGUCCCACCGGCCAUCCAAAUGGCAUAUUCAAAAUAAACAAGCCCGGAAUGGAUGUUUUCAAUGCCUUCUGCAAUUCGACCGGCUGGAUGGUUGUUUUAAGGCGUCAGGCCCCAGGAACAGAGGACUUCAAUCGAACAUGGGUGGACUACAAGAAUGGAUUUGGCGACCUAAAGGGAGAAUUUUUUAUCGGACUUGAGAAACUUCACCAACUGACUUGGAAUACACCACACGAGCUCUCCUUUAGGCUUGGGGAUGUUAUUGGAACCACUGUAUAUGCUCACUACGAUGCAUUUCAAAUCGGGAGUGAGCAGGUCAACUAUGUCCUUACAUCGGUGGGAAAGUAUUCGGGAACUGCCGGAGACUCCUUUACACAACAUAAGGGAAUGGCGUUCACCACAGUUGACCGGGACAAUGACGUAGCGGAAAACAAUUAUAAUUGUGCGAAUUACUUUGGCGGUUGGUGGUACCAGAAAUGUUUUUGGAGUAAGCUCACAGGAAAGUACUACAAAGAUGGAAUAUCACCAAGUAAUGCAAUUGGAAUUCACUGGAGUUAUUUUCGGGGCUACAAAAACUCGCUAAUUUUUGCUGAAAUGAUGAUAAAGCCCAAGUCCAAGUAAACCAGUGCUGUAAAUAAAUGUGAAACCCUUAAAAUAUUUA